CUUGGCUGCUUGGAGAGACCAGCUCCACUCCAGAGAAGCAUCCUCUGCAGGGAGGGCUGGGCGGGAGUCCCACACUAGCACCGAAAUUCAAGGGUAGCCCAUUAACAAGAGGCUUUAAAUCGUGUUUCAAGGCCAAAUAGCAUCCGUGGUCCUGGGAUGUGGGAUUUCACCUGGGGCCCGUUCACAGAAGCCGCAAGAGGAGCUGCUGCAAGCCGCUUUACAGAUGAAGUUGGAUUAAAGGAUCAGAGCAAUCUACACAUGAUCCUGUAUUUACGGCAUGUGUCAUUUGGAAAUAUUGCAGCACCUAGCCUUAUCUAUCUUCCUCUCCACUGGGGCACGUUUGUGCAGGAAAGCCAAGUUUAAUAAAAAAAUCUCCAUUUAGCUCUUCAGCUGUUGAAGCUUCAGUGGGAAACAUGGGGGGGGGGAAAAAAAAAUCUAUUUAAGGCUUGCUCCAUAUUCAGAUGCCAGGUUUUAUCCAAUCUGGACUUAGUGCAGAUAGAUAAAUAGAUCAAAGUGAUCUAUUUAUUAUGAGGAAAAGGAGAAUGGAGAAAUGUUUGGCUAAUCCCUGAUGAGUUGUGGAUCUGAGAUAUCCAACGCAAGCAGCCAGUUAACCCUCCCCAGGAGGAGUCACGCCAGAGCACAGGGCAGCAUAAGGAACAGCCCAGACCCUCUCGCCUGUGCUCCGAGCUGUUCCUGCAGAAGAUGGACCAGUGUUGCCCCUUCCAGCCCGGGUGGGACCCUGCCUCAAGUACAUCUCCAAAAUGCCAGCACAGCCCCCCAAAAAAAGGAUCCCUGGGAAUGCCUCUGGGGUGUCUGGGGGCAGGGGGACCUGCACCGAGACUGAAAGAGCUGCAGCCUGAAGGCCACGGGGAUGGGCUUGGAGGAGCAUGUGCCCGGCAAGAUGGGGUCUUCGCCGGGCUUGGCUCAGCUGGAAGAUGUUUGCUGCAAAUGCCUUUGCCCUUUCCUCCUCGCUUUGCUUGUUCCAGGCUGGCUCUGCCGGGCUGUUCAGCAGCCGUGCGCUCUGUCCUCUCCCUGGCUGCUCCCCCUGCCCUUGCCCUGGAGCCAAAAGUGUGAAUCCAGCCCUGGGGCGACAGCACUGCGACACCCGUGCUGGCUGCCGCAGCGGGGAGCAGCGCAGCCGGGCAGGAGGCCGCGGUGCGAUGCUGCUGCGCCCUUUAUCUCUUCACAGCUGCAGCUGAGCUUGGCAGAGAUAUUUCUGCUUUGCGCCAUGCUGCAGAAACACAAGCCCGAAUCAAAGCCAUCGGCCAUCUCACCCUGUGGGGUGAGCCUGCCACGCUGCCACACCAGUAAGGAGACACGGGACGUUGCCAGUUUUAAACCAUCAACGUUCUCGGAGCUGGUGUGUGGCAGCACCGAGGCGGGGGUAAUGCAAAGGUAUCUGCGGGUGCGCCUGGGGCUGCAGGAGCCACUCGAGAAGCUCCCUCAAUCCCGAUGUGAUAAAUAAUAGAAGAAUUUUGCUUUCGCUAAAAGUAAUUAAACAAUUACUUCUUAGGCUAAAGCUAU